GCCAAGGGUGAAAAUAUCACUGACGAGACUUUGACAAGCAUCCUCUUGGACCUUGAUUUGGACAGAAAUGGCGAAAUCGAUAAAAAUGAAUUUUUCAGAUUUAUAAGCUCACUCAAGACUGGAGUUGUACCUCAUCACCCCUUGAAAAGCGUCCUAAAUCGCCCCUAUAUUCCAGUUGAUAGAAGCGGUGGUGGUGUCUAA